GUCACUUUCAGAAACAUGGCGACCGGAUUGCACAGCAUUCACCCACACGGGGUCGCUUACGGGAAACAAUCAGAGGGUGGGUGCCUGUUAACCCAGUGGCAGAUGACUCCGACGGCUGUGGCAAACCCGAAGACGCCAGUAAUACGCUAUAACUCAGCGUGUCAGUUAGGGGCCGUAAUGGGUGAUCGUGAUGUUACCCGCUCUAAUAAUUACACAGGAUUGGCCAACAAAACAAACAACUCUGUUUGUCUUUUUCUAAAAUAUUAACCAGGACAGACAGAUUAUCAAAGUAGACGGUACUGAAGUCCAACGGGGUUUAUUGCUAAGCCCACGGAAAUCACUGUCUGUGUCCUUACAUAUAGAGAGAAAUAACAAGACAAUACUGGCACUGUGGAUUUAGGAAAUUGAGACUAAGUGUUCCUUAAUUUGCUCUUAACGCAAAGGUCGGAGUGCAGAGGAAUUCAGAAUUAGAGAGCAGCUUGCAGGAAACUCUUCAUUAAGUCUUCAUUAUUUUGGGACUUAAGCAGAGUGUCAUUUCACAAGUUUAGUUAUAAACGUCAUCGACCUCCUCGGACCCCUGCACAGCAACGGGGCCCGCUACUUUGACAACACAUCGUGGAAAGAGAAAGAGGAUGACGUGCUGAUGCCGAACUGUGAGCAUGUUUACUACUGGGAUGUGACCUCAGAUGUUUCCCCGCAGCCACACGACCCCAACUGUCUCACCUACACCUACAUCUCCCACCAAAACGUUGUCAAGGACUACAACUCGGGCCUCAUUGGUACUUUGCUCAUCUGCAAGCCUGGCAGUCUGGAUGAGUCAGGAAAGCAGAUUGGCUUCCACCAGGAGUACGUGUUCCUGUUCGGGGUUUUUGAUGAGAAAGAGAGCUGGUACAAACCAAGCGGCCAUGGCUCAGACGACCAUGUCAAAUACACGAUCAACGGAUACACAAAGGGCUCGCUACCUGAUGUCAGUGUGUGUGCUCAUGCCUCUGUGAGCCUGCAUCUGGUGGGUAUGAGCUCGGAGCCUGAGGUAUUCUCAGUGCAUAUGAACGGGCAGGUGCUGCAGCAGAACGGGCACAGAGUGUCAUCGGUGGGGCUGAUCAGUGGCUCCACCGCCACCGCCAGCAUGGUGGCUCUCCAUACAGGCCGCUGGCUGCUCUCCUCGCACAUCAUCAAGCACAUUGAAGCCGGCAUGCAUGGUUUCGUGGAUGUGAAGAGGUGCGAUGGCUUCGACCCACCCCAGCGAAGGUUGACUACUGAGCAAAGAAAACAAAGCAGGAAGUGGAAAUACUAUAUAGCCGCUGAGGAAAUUGUCUGGGACUAUGCACCUAACAUGCAUGAAUAUAUUGAUGGGGACUUCAAGCUCCAGUACUUGACACAGUCAUCAACACGCAUAGGUCGGAAGUACAAGAAGGCAGUGUACACUCUGUACAAAAAUGAGUCAUUCACUGAAAGGUUGGAGACCAGGCAAAGGAAAAAUGAGCUUGGCAUCUUGGGCCCGGUGAUCAGAGCGCAAAUCAGAGACGUUAUCACGAUUGUUUUUAAGAACAUGGCGUCCAGGCCUUACAGCAUCUAUCCACACGGACUGACGAUAGAGAAGUCCGAAGAGGGAGUCAACUACCCAGAGGGAGGCAACCAUUCCCAUGGUGUUCAGCCAGGCGAGACGCACACCUAUGUGUGGACAGUGGUCAAAGAGGAUGAGCCUUUGGAAGAAGACUCCCGAUGUGUGACACGGAUGUACCACAGUGCAGUGGACACACCACGUGACAUCUCCUCAGGGCUGAUAGGACCGAUCCUCAUCUGCAAGAGUCAGUCCCUCAAUGUCAGGAACGUGCAGCUGAAAGCAGACAAGGAGCAGCAUGCAAUUUUUGCUGUGUUUGAUGAAAACAAGAGCUGGUACCUGGAUUACAACAUCAAGCACUACACUGAUCGAACCAAACUCAGCAAGGCGGACCCAGACUUUUAUAGAUCCAAUGUCAUGCACACGAUUAAUGGUUACAUGUUUGAGAGCGGGACGGUCUUGGGCUUCUGCAAUGAUGAAAUUGUCACAUGGCAUGUGUCGAGCGCUGGAGCACAGGACUACAUCCAGACAGCUACGUUCUAUGGCCAUACAUUCGAGUUGAAUGAGCGGACUGAGGAUUUUCUCAGCCUCUACCCCAUGACUGGAGAAACCAUCACUAUGAACAUGGACAACAUUGGUGUCUGGCUCCUGGCUUCCCUGAAUUCCCAUGGGACAACCAAAGGAAUGCGCGUGAAGUUUCAGGAUGUUGAGUGCUAUCGUGACAACAUGUAUGAAUACAGUGAAUCCUAUGAAGCAGACAAACAAUUUACUGUGUGGAAGCCUCCAAGCUUGGAGGAUAUCAGGCUAGAAGCGGAGAAGUCGGAACUUGAAAGAGAAACGGUAGGGGAGACAGAUAUUUACACAGAUAUUUUAGCAGAACAAUUAGGUCUCAGGUCUCUGAAAAACCAAUCUACAGGCUCAGACAUGGAGGAGCUGGACCUCUCUAUCCUCAACUAUGAUACUAUUGAUGUGCCUGACGGAGACACAAAUAUCAUCUUUACUUUCAAGGAGAUGAAGAGCGAAAAUAAUUCUGUGUCUGACACAAAGAACACAACAAUUCACAAUACUACCGCAUUAUCAGCUGCUGUAAAUGUAUCUACAGAGAUUACCAAUCUAACAGUAACAUUACAAGAAACAACUAAUCUUACUGUAACAUUACCUGGAAACCAGACUUCGGUAGGCACGAUCUUGGAAGAUGACUCAGAGGAAAGACUCACCAGAGGGGAUGUCUUUUCUUAUUCUGUUCCUCUAUCCAAUUCCAGCAGUCUCCACUGUACACCAAAGGCCAAUGUGUCUGGAACGAUGCUGUCACCAAGGCAAAGUGAGAAUAACACAGCAACUAACCAUGUUAAUGUGUCAGCAGAUGCAACAAACCAUUCACUGUCUAUUCCAGCGUCGGAUAUUGGGGAGGUUAAUAUCAGCAGCAUACGCAUAUGCAACUCGACCCUCUUGGAGGUGGAGUCGGAGAGCGCAGACAACAACGCCAGUCAUAAUGACUCUGGGACCACUGUAGCAGGGCUGGAGUACGGACGACAAGUGGAUUCUUCUGACCUUGUGAUUAAUCCCGUCAAUUCCAGCCUUGAAAAUGUAACACAUAUUUUGCUUGAAACUGAGCCCUUACAAAAUGUCACUGUGAAUAUCAAAUAUCCAAAUAUAUCAAGAUCAGAUAGAUCAAAUUCAUCAGAAAAGAUUAGAUCAGAGAGUAGGGAGAUCCUCACAGCUCGUCUUGGUGAGUUGAACCACACAUCUUCCGUAGAAAGUUUCUCUAAUGAGACUAUGGUUUCAGAUAACCUGUCCCUCUCCAGCGGUGCAGUACAAAUAGGAGGAUCUGGGAAGCUAAGUGACUCAGAAAGCAGCGAAGAAGUGAUUAUUUACCUUAAAGAAAACAAUACAGAGGUAAUUAAAACCACCUCCAUUAAAACACAGGGCCACAACUGGACUUAUGAGGGGACUUACCAAGUUGUACCCAUGGAGAUUCCUGAUCACAUGGUGAAAUAUUUUGAGAAAGAGACCCCUCAAACAACACCAGCUCCAAAAAAGAAGACCAAGGUGGUGACCAUCCGACAGAGGCCUCAUAGGGGCGAAGGCAUGAAAACAAAAAAGAAGAAGGUAUACAAGCCUCAGGCCAGGAGUGGUGUACCAUUCUCUCCGCGUGGAUUCAAUCCAGCCAUGACCCCACGUGGGACAAGACCCACUGGACCAAAGCCAGUCUCUGAUGAGCUAGAGCUCAUUAACAUUCCCGUGGUCAUCGGUGUUCCCCGGCCUGAUUUCAGUGACUACGAGCUAUAUGUUCCUGGGGGUGAUCCACCUCAUUUAGAUCAGGAUUAUCAAAAUCUAAGACAAGAUGAAUAUGAGUAUGUGAUCUACAAAGACCCCUACAGCGGUAAUGAAGACAUCGAGAAUCUCAACCUGGACGAGACCUCCAAAUACUACCUAAAGUUCUCAGGCCCGAACGUAAAGAUUUAUUUCAUUGCUGCAGAGGAAAUUGAGUGGGACUACAGUGGCUAUGGACAGAGGAGGCAAGACAAGUCUCAACAAAACAGCAGAGAAACUACGUUCACCAAGGUGGUUUUCCGGAGAUACUUGGAUAGUAGCUUCGGCACACCUGACAUCCGUGGAGAGAUGGAUGAGCAUCUAGGCAUCCUCGGACCUGUCAUCAAGGCGGAGGUUGGACAAAGCAUAAUGGUGGUGUUCAGGAACAAUGCCAACCGGCCAUACUCGGUUCAUCCAAAUGGGGUUUCCUAUUCCAAGCAGACAGAAGGUCUGUCCUAUGAGGAUAGCUCCAAGUACUGGUAUAAAUAUGACAAUGAGGUUCAACCCAACACCACCUUCACAUAUAUAUGGAAGGUCACUUCUAUGGUUGGGCCAAUGCCAGAUGAGUCUAACUGUCGGACCUGGGCCUACUAUUCAGGUGUUAAUCCUGAAAGGGACAUCCACUCUGGCUUGAUUGGGCCUUUGUUGGUGUGUCGAGAGAACACCCUGGACAGGAACUCACAAGACAUGAGGGAGUUCGUGCUGCUGUUCAUGACCUUCGAUGAGUCGCAGAGCUGGUACUAUGAGAAUAACCGUGAGAUAGUGAAGAGGAAAAGCCGAAGGAGAUUUAUGGACCCCAAUUUCAAGGAGAACCUCAAGUUCCAUUCCAUCAACGGCAUUAUAUACAACCUAAAGGGCCUGAGGAUGUACACCAACCAGCUUGUGUGCUGGCACCUGAUCAACAUGGGUUCUCCCAAAGACUUUCAGAGUGUCCACUUCCAUGGCCAGACGUUCCUCCACAAGAAGACCGUCAGCUACAGACAGGCAGUCUACCCACUGCUGCCUGGGGGCUUUGCUACUCUGGAGAUGUAUCCGACCAAACCUGGCCUGUGGCAGCUGGAGACAGAAGUUGGUUUCAACCAACAGAGGGGCAUGCAGACCCUCUUCCUGGUUCUAGAUGACGACUGCUACCGUCCACUGGGUCUAGAGUCAGGCAGUGUGAAAGACAACCAGAUCACAGCAAUCAUCACCAGAGCGAACCCUUAUAAGCAAAGGCGUCACCAGAGUAAUGACAGUCUUUCCAUCUUUGAAGGACACUGGGAGCCCUACCUUGCCAGAUUGAACAAUCAGGGUAAAUAUAAUGCCUGGAGCACAGACCAGAACAACAGCUGGAUUCAGGUGGACUUCCAGCGGCCAGUUGUGAUUAGCCAGGUGGCCACCCAGGGAGCCAAGCAGCUGUUCCAAUCCCAGUUUGUGGUCAAGUACACUAUCUCCUACAGCACCGACCGCCGGAAGUGGAUCUUCUAUAAGGGCGACAGCAGGGACCUCAGGAAGGUAUUCACGGGGAACCAGGAAGCCUAUGAGACAAAGACAAACACCUUCUUCCCUCCUGUGGUUGGACGGUUCAUCAGGCUCCACCCCAUCACCUGGCACAACAAGGCCACGGUUCGCAUGGAGUUCUACGGCUGUGAGCUUGACGGCUGCUCGGUGCCUCUGGGGAUAGAGAGCGGACUCAUAGAAGACCACCGUAUCACUGCCAGCUCCACAGCCUCCAGCUGGUACUCUGGACCCUGGAAACCCUCCCUUGCACGCCUCAACAGACAGGGCACCAUCAACGCAUGGCAGGCUAAGUAUAACGACAUGAACCAGUGGCUCCAGGUGGAGCUGCCCCAAAUUAAGAAGAUCACGGGCAUAAUAACGCAGGGAGCCAAGUCUCUGGGAAAAUCCAUGUACAUCACGUCCUACACUCUGCAGUACAGCAGCAAUGGGAUACACUGGGAACUGUACAAAGAUGAUGAGGACAUCCCAUAUAAGACUUUCUCUGGAAAUGAAGAUAACAACGACCACGUGAAGAACUACAUCUACCCUCCCAUUUUCUCACGCUUCAUCCGAAUCGUCCCCAGAAGCUGGAAGAACUCCAUCACCAUGAGAAUAGAACUACUGGGCUGCAACUUUGAGUGACGCGCACAUGCACACAAAUCCAUACCAAAUUAUGACACGUCAGGUCAACCGUGCUCAUCUACAUGCAAAAAAACACAAAAAAAACAACACAGGCACACUGAAAGACAAAUGUAGUGACCACCCCACACAUAUGCACAUCCACUUCCACUCAUAAGGUCAAGUAUAGAGAAGACCACACACCAUAAAUAUACUAGAUCACAGCCUUGGCUUCCAGGCACGAGCAGACACAUACAGACGUUUGUCAAACGAGUAGGAUUCAAAAGUAAAAAUAUAAAAAAUUAAUGCAGCCUUUUACAUAUUAGUACAGUGCAAAGCGUUGUAUUACACAAAUAGCUUUAUGGCAUUUUUUUAUGUAGUUUACAGGCCCCUCUAGGGACAGGCAUUGAGAAUUAGCUUAGGCGAUAAAUGCUGUGGUUUGUUUAGUUGGUUCAUGCUAUAUACUUGUCCCUAUACAAAUCACACACAUAUAUAUAUAUAUAUAUAUAUAUAU